AUGUACGACGUACUGGACGAGGUCAUGCUCAUGCACGACAUGAAGCGCAGGAAUUUGACGAACGCGAACCCGGAGAUACUAGAGGCAGUUUUCGGGCCAGAGGCAGAUGUUGUGGACGAGGAGCAUCUGCAUCAGGUGCAGGCAGAUGUUGUGGACGAGGGGGGCCAUCUGCAUCAGGAUCGGCCACAACAUCCUCGUCGCACGGCGUAUGCUGGGAUUCUCAAACGUUACAUUCCAAGCUGUUGCAUGAUUUGUCAUGCAAAAUGAGCUUCAACAUCCACGAGGUGAAGCUAGAGCUACUUCGCACGUUGACAAAUUUUGGAAAGGCUAAACAGCAUCUAGAUUUGUGCGGAAUUGGUAAUGCAACAGGUCGUGCAACCUCCCUGCCUGCUUUGAUUUUAGCCAUUCCGGUGGUGAUAAGUUGAAAAUGAAACACAAUUCGCCAGCUAUUUACAAGCAGGAACAUAGAUAGCACGUUUAAACAGUUACUCGCUCGCCUAAAGAAGCGAGCACCCGAUUGAUUUUAGCCAUUCUUGCAUUACAAAUACAUGUAACAGUUGAGAGCGCAACGCUUAAGAACGCCAUACGGCAGGAGCUGCAUCGUCCGGUAAUGAUAAAUCGGAAAGUGAAGCGCACGAACUAAAAAAUGUGGCCGAUGAACGAAGUGAAGUAGGGCAAGAUCACGAUACAAGCAAAACCGCCACGACCAAGAACGCCAGCGACAGAGAAGAUAUGGCUCUACUCACGUCGAGUACUUCUACACGACAAUCAGCUACUGAAAAUGAAAAAGAAGAACCUACUAGUGAAGCUGGAGAGAACGACGUGAAGAGGACCUCCGAGGAAAAGAACGAUAGCCAGAACAAGGGAGGAACCUCGGGAGAUGGAGGUGUUAUGCCUUGGACGGUCGUUAGUAUACAGAAGGGUGAAUUUGCAGUGAAUUUGUAUUGCAUGACUUGCAUUUACUUGAAAAGAGAAGUGCGCUGCGUAAAGGGCUGGACACGAGCCCAAGCAGCUCACGCAGCGUGAAGGGCUGCUCGGUGCCAGGUGGCACUUGCAGCACCGAAAGAAGUAGUGGUAGGUCUUGCUGGGGCCCGCCGGACUGUGUAGCGCAUAUGUAACCAAAGAGGGGGGGUCGUGGGGCUCUUGUUCAUCUGCGCGCCUGCCUCAGACCUUCCUCUCCGGAAUGGUCGAAAGGGAGGGCGACGCCUGAACACAGGGGCACUAGUUCAACGCGUGCGCUCUCAUGAGUUGUGGUUGUGGCUUGGAAUUGGAUAUCUGGGAGUAGCCCCGGCGCCCUUUUCAAAAUUCACCCCAAAAUUCACCGGGCGCCCAUUUUCGACCGUGAUAAGCAAACUUUAGCGCAGAAAAGUGCUCAAAAAAGUGCACAGAUAGGCCAUGAGAAGGAACGCAAAGGGGGAAAAAGCGGAGUCCUCUGUUGCCCUAAGCCCGUCUGUAUUCUGCUGAAAAUGCCACAAGAUUUCACGCGCCUGCCGGGAAAAUGCGUCAAAGCUCUCGGCCGGGUCCUUUCGUCCUUGCCUGCCUUCUUGCUUAGUUGUAUGCGCUUCGCGGCCUUUAUUUCUGGCGUCUUUGCCGCGGCUGCUGCAGUGCUCUUCUGCGAGAACGGGGAGGCGCAAAAAUCUGCCCAAAGAACGGCGCCCGGGCCAUGUCCUCUGGCUGCCCACUGCGCAAAAGCCCGCGGCUGCUGCGCGGUGCAGGGCCUUCUACUUCCCAGAACAGGGCCAAGAGGGACAAUGUCCCGGCGGGCUCAUCGGCAAUUUGGCAUGCAAAAUUCACUACAAAUUCACCACUUCUCAUGCUGACGGGUGUUAAAGCUCAUGAACGAUAGCCAGAACAACGAUAGCCAGAACAACGGAGGACCCUCGGGAGAUGGAGGUGGAGGUUCCUCGCCGUGGUCGUGGUCGCUCCCGUCCUGGGGGACUGUGGCGCAGGCCGGGGCGAGCGCAGUGAAGGGGGUCCAGGGUGCGGCGCAAAACGUGUUCGACGGCGCCAAGCGGGGCGCGGAAGCACUCCGACGGGGCGCGGAAGCAGUCCGGCAGCGCGCCGAACGGGGGUGGGACUCGGUGCGAGCCGUUUUCCAUUGGGGUGGGCGCGCCGACCUCGGGCAUGACAUCAUGCUCGGCCGCCUUGCCAGCCCGGAAGAGGCGAACUUUUUGGACGAGAUCAGCAGGUAUCAACUGGUCCACCCUGGGUUUCAGAUACCGGACGACCACCUUUUCGCCCUCUUCCACAACCUCGCACCCCGUCGGCUGCCAGUGGAGGAAAGGCAGAAGCUAGGGAAAGCGGCAGGUCUACGUGGACGUUAUAGUCUCGAUUUCGGCGAUGGGAGAGGUGUGUGCUCGGAUCCGCGCCGCCGCGGCGUUUAUUCUUCGGUGUGCGAGAACAUGCCCCUUUUGCGCACUUCUGUCCUUGCCGAAACGCAACCGCAGCGUGGUCUCGAGGACCACGUCGGCAGCGAAGAUGCUGCCGUUCUAGCCGUUCCGCCGAGCAGCGAUGGCGAAGAUGGGUGGGGAGCAGACGAACACCGCGAUGUGUACCGCGUGCCGCUAUCUCCUUCCGAGCGUGAUUACAUCAACACGGAACUAAAGGAAACGCCGGAGUGGCGAGACAUUUUGCCAGAGGACGGCAUUCGCUUUGGGGAUAACCCGUUGAACCGCGACCACGACGUGCACCCGAAAAUCGGAAAGGCAAAUGAGGACUAUAUCAGCCACGACCCCACGACGGGCGCGACGCAGCCGGUGCGCCCCAUCCCGCGCGCACACUGGCCAGAGGGGUUCGCAGACAUGUCCGGCACUUACUUCGCCGGCAACCCUGGCACCAUCCGCCCCAGCGUUCCGCAGAUAGAGGCCAGCCUCGAGGCUAGCGACCGCGCGGGCUCUGCGUUGCACAAGCAAGAGAGUGUGUUGCACAAAGACGUGAACUUCAUCGAAUGGCACGGGGCUCCGGAAGUUUUUUCUCAGCUGACUACUUUUCACGCGACAGCGAGGCUUAAUGAAGAACACGCGGCGGCAGAACUCCGCUACGCACGUUUUCGGCAGCUGGUCACAGGGUUGCUGGCGGGCCACACGACCCUGUCCGAGAACGACCAGAGCUUUCUCCUCGAGUUCAUCAAGCCAUCUGACCAGACCCCCCCUACGGAGGUUGGGAAAAAUGACGAGGGGGCCGAAGAGGAAAGAACGCUCUACCAAGUACUAGAAGACCGCGAGGCGCAGACCGCAGCCACGGGCUUUCACCAGCUCCACCAGCACGAAAGCGCAAACAGGGCCUCCGAAGGAGAUGAUGGUGGAGCAGGCCCCACCAUGGUCACGACCAGGGAGAGCAGUGCCGGCAAGCUGGACGACCUCGUGGAAGAUGAUCGAGAGCAGACAGAGGACACGAACCCUCGCCCCCGCGCAGGACGCAGCGCGCCAGUAACAACUGCGUCGCGAAGUAGUAGGGCAGCAGGGCCGGAGGACGGUUGGAAGGACCUCCGCAGAACGCUGGGUGGAGGAGAGGCGGCUAAUUGGUCUCUGCGUAAAAAAGUCCUCGAGGAUGCGGCGUCGCACUGGGACGUUUCGUUUGUCAAGCUUUCCGCAAGCAACCUCUCUGAGGCGUCCGCGCCCGAAUUGUUUGACUUCGUCGCCCAUCCGGCGCAGGAAGAUCGCGAACAAAACAGUGGAGGAAAUAACACCAGGCAAAAAACACUGCCAGCGCUAGCGGCACUGCCGUCUAACUAUGGGGGGCAGGAAGCUGGGCGUGCUGUCGGUGACCUGGUGCAGGAUGGCCACUCGCAGCUACUUUUUGAGGCCUCGCUUCUUCAGUGGCUAGACAUCAGCACCAACAUCAUGGAGCGUUUUUUGGUUAAGAAUGACCCACGGACGAUUAUUCCGGCCCCGCUUCCGGCGCUUGGAUGGGAAAAUUUUACGCGCGGCGGCCAUCGCCGUGGCCGCCCCGGGCUCGAUGCUCCCGGCAGUGGAAGGCACAGCGGGGUCGUGUCUGCGCUGAAUAUUACGGACGAGUUGGAAAUCAAGCCGGCUCGCCACGGGUUUUACUUUGAUGGCUGGCCGGUCAUGGCUGAAGAGCAUUUCCAAUUUAUCCUGGGUAAAAACGUCGCCACCCCAUAGUCAAGUUGGUAAAUCUGCUAGACAAAUCUCCAAGUUUUGGGAGUCGUGCAUGACAAGUUUACAUCUGUAGUGUAGUGCUGUUUAGCAAGGACAGCCGCAUCACAAAGACGCCUGCUCAUCCUGUUUACAGCAUUACAAAUCCCAAAACACGACUACAGAUUCCUCUCUUGCGGAUGUGCAUUACAGAUUUUUCUGUGGAUGCAAGUCUGCAUGACAACUAUGGGACAAUGGGGGGGCAAAGUGUAGUGUCGCAUUUUGUUUAGCAUGACAACUACGGGAUGGGGACGUUUUUAAAUAGGAUACAACUCGUGGAAUGGCUUGGGCGAAGUGGUACACAAAUCCAGGACAGCCACUGGCCCGUAUCAAAUGUAAAAGUGUCUGGGCCUGGAAGAAUGCAACUUGUCAUGCUAAAUCUGAAGCAUGCAAAAAUCUGUGUUGCAUGAUUACCAAAAGUCGCCCAGUUUUGGCCAAGUCGGGAGGGAGUUUCUCACAGAAUCUGUCAUGCUAGGUCCUGCAUUCCAGGCUUCGUGGGUCAUGGAAAAGCUGCAUGACAAAUCGCGCAUUCUUCCAGACCCAGACACUUUUACAUUUGAUAGCCCAGCCUUCAAAACUACACGAAAGCCUCUCAGCAGAUUCUGAAGGAGGUCCUGGCCCGACUCGUGAACCGCGCCCGAAGCUUGGCGGCUGUGGGGCUGGUUCAACAGGAGGACGCGGGGGACCCAGGUCAACGAGAGGAACCUAGCGCGAGGAGCCCAAGCACCUUUACGCCCCAGAAGAUUCCAGCCAAGGCCCCGCUCCUAUUCGCUCAGGAGAUCCAGAUGUGGCACAGAAUGCGCAAAUUACUUCGCACUAAACGUGAGAACGCGAGAUGGCAGCAGAAGCAGCAGCGGAACUUUUCACGCGAUUACGCCGACUGGAAUGAUCACAGAACGGGUUUGGAGUUCGCGGACUGGUUUACUUCUGAUGAAUGAGGAAAGAUAGGUAAAAAUGAGACUAAAUUGAUAGGAUCUAGAAAACAGUGAGCGAAGUAUUUUCAUUUCGUGUAUUGCCGCCUAGCCCUAGGCCUAGCUUGAAAACAUCCUCGCGUAAAGAUCAUGUCCAUGAUACAGGAGCAAAAAACGUUUUUUCCAAUCUGAAGAAGGAGAAGUAGAAAAGUUGUGAUGAAAUGGAUCGCACUCACACUGAGGGUCUUGAACAUUUGACACUUCGGCCAGCAUGAAGAAAGGCAGAAAGAAUAUAGAAAUAGUGCGUGCUCCCGAAUAAGGCCGAUGACUGCAGUUGAAGAAUCCGAAUAGGAGGUGCAUCUGCGGGGGCGCACUAGAGAUCAUACCAAAGUCAGCCGCAAAAGACAAGUAUUGAUAUUGAUCUGAGAUCAGCAACAAGAAAG